AUGUUAGAAGCAAAUUUCAACAAUAACAAUAACAACAGUAAUGAUACUUCUAACACUAACCCUACUGCCACAUCAUUACACAACACUCCUGUAAUAACUAAUGCAGCAAGUAAAACUUCAUUGACAUCUUCUGCAUCAUCAUCAUCUUCCAUGAUUGCUGGUGAAGGAAUAACUGUCACCAAGGUGAUUGGUCAAAUUAAUAAGUCAGAGAAAACAUUUGCUGAUAUUAAAGAUUUGAUGAUUUUGCACCAAAAUAAUCUACAAAUGAUUAGAGAAGGCAAAAGUGCUAACGCAAUCAGAGAUAAACUUGAUAUCAUAAAGGGUAAGAUGAGAUGUCAAGGUACCAAGACUGAUGCUUCAAUACAAGAAUUAGAUGCUCAUAUGGCUGAUUCUUUGAAAAGGUUAAAUAAUUUUGAAUCAGAUUAUCAACAUUUGAUAGCUUGGAUUAAAGAAAUAAAAAUUUGGUUUAAAGAGGCUGAAUAUGAUUUUGAUAAAUUGGAAUUAGAAGUUGAAAAAUUUGAUGCUGAAGGUAUGACUGGAUUAAGAGCUUGUGUCAAAUCCAUCAUGUGUGCUAACACCUCCUCCAAUCCUAGCACCAAUACUAACAGCAGUAAUGGUAGUAGUAACAGAAAUAAUAACACUAAUUCUCAGAUUAAUGAAGCAAUAUCAAAUGAUUUAACUGCGUUGGCCCUUAGAGUAGAUUGGGAAUGUAGAUGGGAACAACCAAUUGGUAUAAGAGAUGAUGAUGGAUGGUUCAUUAAUGCUAAUCAACCAAACCAGAAAGAUGUGUUAAUUGAAUUAGAAUCAAUAAAUCAACAUGUAAUAAGUUUUGAAAAUGACAACAAAUUUUUUGCUGCAACAUUAAGAAAUUUUAGAGUAUACUCAAGUGGUCUCAUAGAAAAGAAAUUCAUAAUAAGAGUUGAGGAAUUUAAUAAACAUAUUGAACAAGCUUGGAGUAAUAUUGGAGAAAAAGUCAUCUACCCAGAUCACUCAGAUCAUGAUCAAAAUGAAAAUCAUUUGGUCAAGAAAGGUGUUUAUGCUUAUCAUCGUAAAAUGGAAGGCUUGAAGUUCAAAGUUAACAAAGCAAUGAAAGAUUAUCAAGAUGCUCUUAGACUACUUGAGAAGGAAUUACAGCAAAAAUCAGAUGACUUGUUUAAUGAUACUUUUAACCAGAACAAAAGGCCUAUACUGAUGUCUAUGAGCGAGUUAAGAAUUUAG